AUGGCAGACCCAACGAUACAGACGUUCUGCUGCCACAACCGGAUACGAUCACCACCGGCCAUCAAGCUCAUGUCCGAGUUCGAUACGGAUGGGUACAUCGUGGUGUGUUUGGUAUCGUCCGUGUUUGGAAUAGCCGGUGCCAUCUAUCAGAUUUGGAUCCGACAUGAAGAUGGACCCACCCAUCAUGCCGUUCGGCGAAGGCGUGGCGGUGAACUUACCCUCUCGAACCAGAACCUGGGCCGACAGAUCAUUGUCUGGCUAGCGGUAGCUGAUCUGUGUGCCUCAUUAGGUGUAUUCCUUCGUUCAGCUCUCUGGAAGUAUAUUAAGGAUGUGCUACCGCCGGAUAGUGAUGUGGAUGAUACGACGAACGUGAUUUUCUGUGCAGUUUCAUCCGCCUGGAUACAGUACUUUUACAUGUGUACCUGGUUGUGGACACUUUGCUACGCUAUUAACGUCCGGAGACAGCUCAGUGGGGCACGGUACGCACUUCGAACGUAUCACUACUAUGUGUGGAGUAUAUCGGCGGUACUAACUGGGGUUGGAUUAACGGUGCUAUACGUCCCGGAUGCGGAUUGCCACAAUGUCCACGACAUGACGACGGCCUACAUGCGCAUCCUGCCCAACUACGUGAUGACUUACGGACCAAUGAUAGCGGUCAUGGUCGCCAAUCCCGUGAUCUACUAUCAGGCGUCGCGCGAAGUUGACCGGCAGCUUGUGGCCCGUUUCAGCCAAAUGUCCAACACCGAGCGGGACCUGAUGACCAAGUUUAAGCUCAAGUUUUCCCUCAUCAAUCUCGUAUUUUACGUCUGCUGGCUUCCGAAUCUGGUAAACGGUAUCGUGCUGUGGACGAUGUGGUACAAUCUGCCCUUCUCCAUGGUCAUCACUGUGUGGUACAUAAUGGCCAUUACCAACCCCCUGCAGGCGUUCUUUAACUCUCUCGUCUACCAGAAAUGGAACUGCCGGUUGCGAUUCCGGCGUCAGGCGAGUACCGAUUCCAGUGCAGAGCUCAGACGACGCAACCGAGCCUCAAUGGUUUGCAACGAAGGAACGCCCCUGUUGCAGGCAAAGACAGAAUCUCCAUCCGCUUCAACGCUUCACCUAAACCAACCGUCAAUCGAGUUGAUCCCGACACCAACGCGUAGCAUCAACUCCUGCUCGCUCGUAUGACGCCGGAUGUGUUACUUAAUGUGUCGCUUUGGACACAAC